UCCUUCAGGAACGGUAAAAUUAGGAUAUAAUUUUUUUCUGCAAGAGCACAAAUUUGAUUGGAAGGAGUUAAAGCGCAUCGUAUACCCAGACCGUGACUAACACUUCAAUUACCAUCACUAUCCGGAAACUGAGGAUUGGAGUCACCUCGGUGGUUGUAGUGGCCACAGAUCGCAUCCCUCCCGGUUAAGUCCAGGAGAAUCUGGAAAUCCGGAGGGCAACCAGGCCAGAAGGUGCUGUAACUAAGAUUGACCAACCCCAGCGCGGGAGGCGGGACGACAGUCACUGAUUUGCCAGCGUGACGCCGGCCUGCGAUUGGCCAGUGCCGUCCUGGGCGUGUCGGUAAAAGGGGCUGCGACUGUUUCCCAUAGGCUAGCACAGAAAGGGGCGAGGCAACAAGAGUACAAAGUUACCAAUCGGCAUGCGCGACGUAACGCAAUUCUCUUUCCGAUUGGUCCGUGAAGCUCGGGAGGGCGUGUACAGCUUCGUUCGGAGAUCAACCUUGGGAUAGAACGCCUGCCUUUUAUUGGCCAAUACUCUUUGGGGCGGGCAAUGUGGCACUCUGAGGCUGCCUGCGAUUGGUCUACGCGGCGCGGCGCGAGGCGGGCCUGCGGACAGCAGAUCCUUAUGCGAUUGGCCGGGACGCCGGAGGGGCGGGCAAUUUGGGAUCGACGGUGUCUCGCAACUGGUCCGCGCAGCGGGAACGGAGCGGCACGCCGGCUCCUGGACUUCCGGGGACGAUGGCGCGGGGCAGCUGGCGCCGGCUGCACCGUCUGUUGUCCGCGGGGCAGCUUCUGUUCCAGGGGCGCGCUCUGCUCGUCACCAACACGCUGGGCUGCGGCGCCCUUAUGGCGGCCGGGGACGGCGUGCGCCAGUCCUGGGAGAUCCGUUCCCGGCCCGGCCAGGUUUUCGACCCGCGGCGCUCAGCAAGCAUGUUUGCGGUGGGCUGCAGCAUGGGUCCCUUCCUGCACUACUGGUACUUGUCGCUGGACCGCCUAUUCCCUGCGUCCGGCCUCCGAGGCUUCCCAAAUGUCCUCAAGAAGGUCCUGGUGGAUCAGCUGGUAGCCUCUCCCGUGCUGGGCGUCUGGUACUUCUUGGGCCUUGGCUCCCUGGAGGGUCAGACACUGGGUGAGAGCUUCCAGGAGCUGCGGGACAAGUUCUGGGAAUUCUACAAGGCCGACUGGUGCGUGUGGCCUGCAGCGCAGUUGGUGAACUUCCUCUUCGUGCCCCCCCAAUUCCGAGUCACCUACAUCAAUGGCCUGACGCUGGGCUGGGACACAUACCUGUCCUACUUGAAGUACCGGAGCCCAGUUCCCCUGACACCCCCAGGCUGUGUGGCCCUGGACACCCGAGCGGACUGAGCUGUCUGCUCCCUGGGACCGGAUGCCAGACUGCCUCCUGGCGGACCACACGCUCUGCCAGAAGGGGAAUGGGUCCCCGCAGCAAGCUGGGGUCCCGGGCCGCGUCCCAGCGUCCCUCCAGCUCCCGGGCACUGGGCUGAGCUGCCCUUUCCAAGCUCACUUCUGGGACUCAGUUUCCCCAGCUAGAACACACCGGUGAAGAUGGAUGAUCAUCCCCUAGCCCUUCUCAGCAGGAGCCUCCUGCGACCUGUGACCAAGAUGUCCCAUCUUCAGCACGGGGCCCACCCAGCCAACCAGUCCCGAGCACCAGCCCGGCAACACUGCCGUCCCGGUGGCUCUGGGCCAAGCCGCCAAUCCGGAGCUGCCUCAGGUCCUGCGACCAAGGGGGCGAUGUGGCCCAUCCCCUCAGAGCAGGCUCAGGCCUGGAGUUGGCCCCCAAAAGUUUCAGGCAGGGCCGGGAAGCCUCUGAGUUUCUUCCCUGGUCGUGAGCUGUAGACAAUCUUAAUUCUUUCUGUCGUGUAAUUGAAACUGCUGGCUGGGUGCAGUGGCUCACACCUGAAAUCUCAGCCCUUUGGGAGGCUGAGGUGGAAGCAUCGCUUGAGGCCAGGAGUUGGAGACCAGCCUGGGCAACAUAGCAAGACCCUGUCUCUAUUUAUAUUUACAAAUAAAAGUAACAAAAGCGAAUGUUGUGGAUGAUCAAAGCCAGGGUGGGCAGGGCCCGGUGCUCACAGGGACACGCGUGGUCCAUUCGCUUUAUUGGAUGUAUGUAGUGUUUCAUGAUGUCUCCUAAGGAGCUGGGGGCACGUUUGACACUCAUGAGGUCAGAACAGGUCUGGUGGGCAGGGGGGUCCCAGGGCAGUGAAUACCCACAGCACAC